AUGUUUGGGGCAAAUAAAAUGCUGCUCUGGGUAAUGACAGGUGUGUUUGCUGUUACAACUGUCGUCUUUAAUGUUUAUAUCUUCUUGAUGAGUCAAUUGAACUACAAGCAGCAAAGGCAGCGGAGUCCCAGUCAAACCAUCAUCAUGGCUCUGUCGCCGGCCAACGUGGCUCACCAGCUGGUCUGUUACUUCUGGAUGACCAUGGAUGAGGUGGACAGUAAGUGUCGAAUCGCUCAGAUGCCCUACACUGUCAUGCUACUGAUUAUCUUCAGCCUCAAGUUCACCAUCUUGUGGGACACCAGCUUUCUCACUUUCUACUACAGCACCAAGCUAGUGAGCUCACCCAACCACUGCUGCACACAGAUCCAGACCGCCAUCCUCAAGCACGUGACCUUAGCAGUUUUGCUCAUCCCUCUGUGCGGCCUGGGCACCUACAUGCCGAUGUUUGUCGUGUUUCGCACUGACAACGACACCGGAGUGAACAAAGAUUGUGGGGUUUUGAUGCCAGAAACACGCUCGGGCCAGAUUUAUGAAGUCAUUUAUCUGCUCCUCACUGAUGUACUGCCAGGGGUGCUCAUGGUGAAAUGCUGCAUCUCCAUCUCCGUCCACCUGACCAUCCAUCUCCGCCACAUGAAAGCCAGCACCAAUGGAGCCCACGUCCCAAAGCUGGGCUCUCAGAUGAGGGUGAUCCAGAUGGCUUUGUCUCUAGUGGUCAUCUUCAGUCUCUUCCUCGUGGUUGACCUGUACGUGCACUACCAGAUAGCUGUGAACCACGAGAACGCCAUUGUGCUCACGUUCUUCUUCACGUCCAUCUACACGACCGUCACUGCCAUGGUGCUGAUCUAUGGCAAAAAGACUCUCUGGAAAGCUCUGAUACAUGACUUUAAUGUGUACCUGGAUGAAUAUCCGUGUUUGUCUUGUCUGAAGGUGCCAAAACAAAAAGCCAAACCCAGCACUCCUGCAAAAGUAAAAAAGUGA